AUGGCUUUUUCGGGUGUAUUCAACGCAUCCGAAAAAUAUAUUUUUACGGAUGAUUUGGUGCCGCUCAAACUCACCCAGGGUAAAGCAUCAGAGCAUCGAAAACUUCAAUCUACCGAUUCUCAUCCCAACCUGUAUUUCAACCAAGUUGAUGUACAGCUUAUGAGGCAAAGAUCGUCCAGCACACACAGCCACAUUUUCAAAGUAAUCAGAGCAGCGGUCCUGACCAUGCUGUCCAAUGUGCCCCUUUACAUGCCCCCUGCAAAACAUGAGGAGUUUACUAGCAAGUGGAAUGAGAUUUACGGGAACAACCUACCCCCCCUUGCUCUGUACUGCCUGCUGUGCCCUGAGGACUCAGGUGCCCUGCAGUUUCUCAUGAAGUUUAUGGAUAGAAUGGCAAAUUACCCGGACUGGAAGGUGACCAGUGCUCCCAAUGAUGAGGUGCCCUUGGCACACUCACUUACUGGGUUUGCCACCGCAUAUGACUUUAUUUACUCGUUCCUGGACGAGCACCGACGGGAUGUUUACCUCAAGAGAAUUCGCUCUGAGACAGAGGAGCUGUAUGAAACAUCUAAGUAUAGGGGUUGGGGGAAGCAGUAUCUCCAAAAUCAUCAAACCACUAAUAUAUUAGCCAUCUUGACUGGGGCUAUUGUGGUCGGCACCCAUGAUGACCCAGAAACAAUGGUUUGGAAACAGGUGUCAGUCAAUUAUAUGGAGAAGACCAUGUUUCUCCUAAACCACGUUGUGGACGGGUCACUAGAUGAGGGCGUGGCAUACGGGAGCUAUACAGCCAAGUCGAUCACGCAGUAUGUUUUCUUAGCGCAACGUCAUUUCAACAUUGACAACACACAGAACAACUGGCUGCGGGAACACUUCUGGUUCUACUAUGCCACUCUGCUGCCCGGCUUUCAGAGGACUGUGGGCAUAGCCGACUCCAACUACAACUGGUUCUACGGCCCAGAGAGCCAGCUGGUGUUCCUAGACACAUUUGUUAUAAGAAACGGCACUGGGAACUGGCUAGCCCAGCAGAUUAGAAAGCACAGGCCCAAGGACGGUCCCAUGGGUCAGUCCUCUGCCCAGCGCUGGACUACCCUACACACUGAGUACAUCUGGUACAAUGCCCAUCUCACGGCACAACCUCCCCAUGGCUUUGGCAAAGCCAGGAUGCAUAUUUUCUCCAACUGGGGUGUGGUGACGUACGGAGCCGGGCUGCCCAACGGUCAGGGAAACACAUUUGUCUCCUUUAAAUCUGGGAAGCUGGGUGGCCGUGCCGUGUAUGACAUCGUUCAUGCAAAGCCCUAUUCAUGGCUGGACGGCUGGAAUAGCUUCAACCCAGGCCACGAGCACCCGGACCAAAACUCCUUCACUUUUGCCCCUAACGGACAGGUAUUUGUGUCUGAAGCACUUUACGGGCCUAAGUACAGUUAUCUGAACAAUGUGCUGGUGUUCGGCCCCUCUCCCAGCAGCCAGUGUAACGCUCCAUGGGAAGGCCAGCUGGGGGAGUGUGCUAAAUGGCUGCGCUGGACAGAUGAAGGUGUAGGGGAUGCUGCUGGGGAGCUGAUCGCUGCCUCCUCCCAUAGAGACACUAUGUUUGUAAGCGGGGAGGCAGCCCCAGCUUACUCUUCUGCCAUGCGGCUGAGGAGUGUGUACAGGGCCCUUGUGCUGCUCAACUCCCAGACCUUGCUCAUACUGGACCAUGUUGAGAAGCUGGACGAUUCGCCCAUCACCUCGCAGAGUGCGUUCUUCCACAACCUCGACAUUGACUUUAAAUAUGUCCCCUAUAAAUUCAUGGACAAGUACAAUGGGGCAUUGAUGGAUGUGUGGGAUGCUCAUUAUAAAAUGUUCUGGUUUGACAGUCAGGGUCUCAGCCCAGAUACUAGGAUACAGGAGGCCGAGCAGGCUGCCGAGUUCAAAAAGAGGUGGACACAGUAUGUUAACGUCACUUUCCCCAUGAGGGGCACAGUAAGCCGAGUGGCCUAUGUGAUGCAUGGACCUUAUGUCAAAGUCUCCAACUGUCGAUUUCUGGACAGUAGCAAAAAUGGUGUCAGACUAUCUCUAGUUAUAAACAACACAGAGAAAAUUGUUUCAGUUGUUACAAACUAUAAAGACAUAGGAACAAGAUUAAGUUAUUUAGGAUUUGGGGGUUAUGCCAAAAUGGAAGACAGACAUCAGAUCAUUCGAUAUGGCCUGGGGACUCAACUGGUUCCGAAACAAAACACAGUGGACAAUCAGCUGUUUGAUUUUGGAUUCACAGUCAAUGUGAUAGCAGGGGUGAUACUUUGUGUUGCUAUUGUUUUUUUGACCCUGCAGAGAAAGUUCUAUGUGUGCUUCAGUAGACUGAUGCGCUAUGCUCUGUUCUCGGUGCUCAUACUGUGGAUAGCUGCGUUGUUGUUCGUGUCAAACACCUGCGAUCAACUCCUAUGUGGGGUCAAAUGGAAAGGUGUCAGCACUGACCCAGAGGUCAGCAAACAAAUCAGACUUUAUGAUCAGCACCGCUUUGCCCUGCCAACAGUUGUCAUAACGACCCUGCCUGGCUCAGGAUCUGAAAUACUUAAGAACCUUUUUGACAACAGCUCCGACUUUGUUUACAUUCGGGUCCCCACGGAGCAUGUUGACAUUCCAGAGACCGAAUUCGAAUUUGACUCGCUGGUUGAUGCCUGUGAGUGGUCCAGAACGGACGCCCUGCGCGGACACUUUAAAAUCAUCCAGGGCUGGCUGCACUCUCUGGUCCACAACACCAAGCUGCACUUGCAGAACAUCCAGCUAGUGGAGAGUAGCAGGGCCAAGCUGCCCCAGAGAGCCCCAGGACCCGGCAGUGACAGGAGGAAGAGGACCAGGAGGAAGGAGCCUGCCGCGGAGCUGAGGGGCAAGAUGAGGGUCAGCCUUGACCGGGAUGCUGAGUACGUCAGGGAGAUGAGGCGCCACGUCAGUGAGUACCCCAAUGCCCGCGUGGUCCUCAACAUGAGGAGUGGAAGCUGGGGGCUCAAACUCCCCUUCCUUCAGGAGGUGGUGGGCCCGUCCCUGAGGGCCAUCAAUGUAGUCAGAGACCCCCGGGCGUGGAUCUAUCUCAUGCUCUAUAAUAGUAAGCCCAGCUUUUACUCCCUUAAAAACAUUCCUCAACACCUGUCCCUGAUAUUCAAGGAGGACGGUAACAGUAGCAGUACCAGGGACAGGUGCCCAGUCUCAGCCCCUGAGUUCAGAAUGAUCCGGAGGCUCUUGUCCCACUCAGAGGCCAGCGCCGUCCUCCUACUGGCUCACCUGUGGCUGGCACACACUGCCGCAGUGCUCCGGGUCAGUGGGAGCCUCCAGGCAGAGGCCUACCUCCAGGUGAGGUUUGAGGACAUAGUCACUUUCCCCCAGGAGACAGCUGAAAGGAUCCACAGGUUCCUGGGGGUGCCGGUCACACCGUCGGCCCUCAACCAGCUCAUGUUCACCACCUCCACAAACUUGUACAACCUGAUGUACGAGGGGGACAUAUCACCAGCCAACAUUAACAUAUGGAGGCAGAACAUGCCUCGCAAGGACAUCAGACUGAUAGAGGACACAUGUGGGGUGGUCAUGAAAAGACUUGGGUACUCCAGGUUUAUCAGCUAG